UAUCCCAUGAUGCCGUGUAGAUGACGUCAUGACUGUCACAUGAUCUCCAUGUCUGUGUGUCGCCCGGAGAAAGUGGUGAUUCUUCCGCAGCGUAUUUUCCUACAAAAUCUCCAAGAUGUUGGCCUUCAUAGGGAGGAUACUGGAGUGGUUUAAGUCCUUAUUCUGGAAGGAGGAGAUGGAACUGACGCUCGUGGGUCUACAGUACUCGGGAAAGACGACGUUCGUGAAUGUUAUAGCGUCGGGGCAGUUCAGCGAAGACAUGAUACCGACAGUCGGAUUCAACAUGAGGAAAGUGUCAAAGGGGAACGUUACAAUCAAGCUGUGGGACAUUGGUGGGCAGCCCAGGUUCAGAAGCAUGUGGGAACGCUACUGCAGGGGUGUCAACUGCAUCGUAUACAUGGUGGACGCGGCGGAUCAUGAGAAACUGGAGGCAGCACGGAACGAGCUACACAACCUCCUGGACAAGCCACAGCUGCACGGCAUCCCGGUUCUAGUUCUGGGGAACAAGAAGGACCUGCCCAAUGCUCUAGAUGAGAAGGAGCUGAUCGAAAGAUUGAACUUGUCUGCCAUCCAGGAUAGAGAAAUCUGUUGUUACUCCAUCUCGUGUAAGGAGAAAGACAACAUAGACAUCACAUUGCAGUGGCUAAUUCAACAUUCGAAGAGCGGCGGACGAUAGAUGAUCAUGACAACAGUCAUGACAUCAUGAGGAAGAGACAUGUAGACAAUGAAUUGUAGCUUUCAUAAGGAUGGAUUUAGUUUGGAAAAAAAUGGUGUCUGGAUCAAAAUUCAUUCCUCUAUUUAAAACAGCCACAAUGCAGGUAAAAAAAAUAACAAGAACUCAAGAAUGAAAAAAAAUAUUGAAAGCAUUCAAUGCUUAUACUAGCCAAAACUACUAGUACAUUUUCGUGAUCUCAAUAGUAGACCAAACUUUUGUAUUUUGACAAUUUUUGUGGGAAGAUGACAAGUUAAGGAGAAAUUGACAAUUCUUUGGUAUUUGAGAAUUGGUAUGAUUGGAGCAACUGAAGACCAGUUGUUACAAUCUACAGUGUGAUUGGAUAAGCCUACCCAUGGCAUCAUGGUACAACCAAUCCUAGAACCUGUAGCAAAUGAAGUGGAUCCAAACAAUAAUGAAUAGCAUUUGUUAUUUGAAAUGCUCAGCCAGUUAACACAUUUUUUGCCCCAUUUUCAUUGCUUAUUCAUGUGAUAUUUAAUGUACAUAUUUGAAGUGUGCAUAGGGAAAGGGGGAAAUUUAUGUACUAAUAUGCUAAUGUGACCAUACAAAACAAAACAAAACAGAACAAAACUAUUGCGUUGCUAGGGGCAAAGUUGAUACUUUUUCUUCUAAAUUUGCUAUACAGUGUAAGUGAGGAGUAGGUAUAUGAAAAUAUAGUGUUUAUACAGUGCUACUGGCUCUAGUUAUACAAGGACAACAAAUGAUGUGUUUUGUAUGUCAGUUGUCUCAAGCCUUGAUGUAUAGAGUUUCAACAUGUUGUGGAGAUCAUGCUACAAUAAACUAACUACAAACUAACUA